AAGUGUGUAAGAAACAGAAAUUGUCACAUCUAACUUUGAAAUCUUACGAAAAUGAUUACCAUAAUACUGUUCUUCAUAUUUUUCUUAAUAUUAAUUUUACAUUAUUUUUUGUCGCAUCAUGGGAAAUCUGGAAUGAUAAAAUUGAUACCAGGACCUCGGUCAUUUCCGAUUGUUGGGAACAUUCCUCAAAUUCUAAGUUCCCCAAGUGAGAUUUGGACAUCUCUGAUAAAAAUGGGCAAGGACUAUUAUCCAAUUUUUAAAAUUUGGACUUUCUUUGAAGCACAUAUUCAUAUUUGUCAUCCAGAUGAUAUUGAGACAAUUCUUGGAAAUACUAAAUUUACUAAAAAAGGUUUUGCGUACAAAUUCCUGGAAUCUUGGUUUAAUACUGGACUUCUUACCAGUUCAGGUCAUAAAUGGCACGUUCGUAGAAAGAUAUUGACGCCUGCUUUUCACUUCAAUAUACUUCGACAAUUUGUUGACGUAUUUAUAGAGGAUGCUGAACGCUUGAUUAAAGUGUUGAGAAGUAAAAAUGGAAUUAUCGUGCCAAAUCUAUUACAAUUCACUAGCGAACAUACAUUGAAUGUGUUAUGCGAAACUGCAAUGGGAACUUCAUUAAAGAAUAAAGGAACAUUUCAGUAUAAAUAUCAUAAAGCUGUAUACGAUAUGGGAUGUAUUUUCGUAUAUAGAAUAGGAAGACCAUGGUUUUAUUAUGAUUUUUUUUUUAAUCUUUCUCCUCAAGGAUGGCAACAAUCUAAAUUACUUAAAAUAUUACAUAAUUUCACACGAAAGAUAAUCCAAGAACGAAAAAAAUAUCAUGAUCAGACGAACGGUCGAUAUUUAACUGACUUUAAUGAGAAUACAAAUGAAAAUAACAAUGAAAAUGAUUUAGGAAUUCGUAGAAAAAGACUCGCUAUGCUUGAUCUAUUAAUAGAAGCCCAUCGAAAUGAUAAAAUAGAUGAUGAAGGAAUUAGAGAAGAAGUCGAUACAUUUAUGUUCAGAGGACAUGAUACUACUGCUAUAGCUUUUUGCUUUUCUGUAAUGCUUCUUGCUGAACAUAAAGAUAUCCAGAAUCGAGUUAGGACUGAAGUAAAAGCCGUAAUAGGCGAAAAUGGAGAAAAAUUAAAUAUGUCUACUCUUCAAAGUCUUCCAUAUCUUGAGAGGUGUAUUAAGGAAACUCUUCGUCUUUAUCCAAGCGUGCCUCUAAUAUCACGUAGAGUGGAAGGGGAUGUAAAAUUAAGUAAUUAUGAAAUACCUGCGAAUAAUAUAAUUAAUGUACAGAUAUUUAACACUCAUAGAGAUCCAAAGUUUUGGCCGAAUCCGGAUAAAUUUGAUCCGGACAGAUUUUUGCCUGAGAAUUCCAAAGGACGACAUCCUUUUGCUUAUAUACCUUUUAGUGCUGGACCAAGAAAUUGCAUUGGACAACGAUUCGCUAUGCUUGAAUUAAAAACAUAUCUAGGUCUUCUCUUGUGUAAUUACUAUUUCGAACCUAUUGAUUAUCUUAAGGAUAUAACUAUUUCUUUGGGUAUUAUAUUACGAUUAGAAAAUCCAAUUCGAAUGAAAUUUAUUCCUGUUAAAAAAACAUAUUGAAACGUAUAG